AUGGCUCAUAUAGUCAAUCUCAUUGUUCAAGAUGGCUUGAAAGAAGUUGGAGAUUCUGUGAGACGAGUUAGACAAGCUAUAAGAUAUAUUAGACAAUCUGCUGCAAGGCUAAAAAAAUUCAAAGACCAUUGUGAAAUUGAAAAGAUAACAAGUAAAAAGUCUUUGUGUUUGGAUGUUGUUACUAGGUGGAAUUCUACCUACUUAAUGUUAAGAACUGCUUUGGAAUUUGAAAAUGCUUUUAUAAGUUAUGGUAUUCAUGAUCCUGGACUGUUGGAACAUCUUCUUACCCAUGUUUGUGAAGAUGGAAAGGAUGUAGGUGCAUUGACAAGUGGUGAUUGGGAAAAUGUGAGAAAAAUGGAGAAGUUUCUUGAAUCUUUUUAUAAUCUUACCUUGAGAGUUUUAGGUUCACUAUAUGUCACUUCAAAUGUCCACUUUCAUGAAAUAGUUGAGCUUGCUUGUGUUUUAAAGUUGUUGGCAGAUAAUGAUGAUAUUUCUUUGGCAAUGAUGGCAAAAAGGAUGAAAGCUAAAUUUUAUAUAUAUUGGGGUGCUUCGGAAAAAAUGAAUAAGAUGAUUUUUAUUGCUUGUGUGCUUGAUCCUCGUUUCAAAUUUGAUUAUGUGGCUUUUGUGCUUUUGAGAAUGUAUGGACAAGAAAAAGGAGAGAAAAUAAGAGAUGAAGUAAAGUUGUAUAUGACUAUUUUAUUUGAAGAAUAUAGGAAGGUCACUUCAAAAAUCUCUCAAGGAUCAUCCACUAGCAGAGUUGAGCCAUCAGUUAUAAACAUUGAAAGUCUUCACAAAAGAACACUAAUACAACAAGAAUACUUAAGGCAUAAGGCUGAAAGUGGAAAUAUGGAUGCUAAGACUGAGCUAGAUAGGUAUCUUGAUGAUGAUGUUGAGGUUGCAAAUGAACAUUUUGAUAUUUUGCUUUGGUGGAAAGUUAACUCUUCCAAAUUUCCUACUUUAGCUGAGAUGGCUCAUGAUGUGUUAGCGAUUCCUAUUUCUACUAUGGCAUCGGAAAGUGUUUUUAGCACAGGGAGGCGUGUUCUUGAUUCAUUUAGAAGUUCAUUAACUCCUUGA